CGCACCUCACAUCUCUCUCUUCUUAGCCGAGAAUGGCUGAUCGAACAAACCCUAGCAGCUACACCCAACAGAGACCCAUCAACAACUCAACCACCGUCCCACGAAGUAACACCACCACCAACCACCCCCUCUCAUCUCUUCUCCGUCAGCUACUACAAUCACAGUCUCCUAAUUACUCCGGUCAGCUCUUCGGAUUACUCGCAUUCUUCAUCUCCGGUGGAAUCCUCCUUUUACUAACCGGGAUCACCGUCACCGCUUCUGUCCUCGGAAUCAUUGCUUUUCUCCCAGUCAUCAUUAUCACAAGCCCUAUUUGGAUCCCUUUGUUCCUCCUCGUCACCGGAUUCUUGUCCCUUGCAGGAUUCCUCUUUGCUACGGGGGCUGUUGUGUCGUGGUUGUAUCGAUAUUUCAAAGGCAUGCAUCCAAUCGGGUCGGAUCAGGUAGAUUAUGCUCGGAGUCGAAUCCAUGACACGGCAGCUCAUGUCAAAGAUUAUGCUGGUGGGUACUUCCAUAGUACGCUGAAAGAUGCAGCACCUGGUGCAUGAAGAGUAACCUUACGGGUUUGGUCUCAUGUAGAAAUUACACGUUUUGUAUUCCCCUUAAUUUGACUGUUCCCUAUGUUUUUUUUCCUCUUUCUCUUGGUGUAUUGAUCAAUAAUGUCGGCCGGUGUUUCAGUGUUUGUAUGAAUGUCACUAAAAAGAAAAACAGCAAAAACGGGAGGAUUUGUGUUUGUUUAUUUGUUAAGUUGUUUUGAUAUAAUUACUUUAGGCUGCGAAAUAGA